ACUACUGUUAGUCCCUCUAUGUCUAGAGAUACCGGUGCUUAUCAUCAUAAUMAUAAUAAUGUGUCAUCAAAUCAUCAUCAUCAACAACAAAUCAUAAACAAUAGGAACAGUAGUUUAGUGUCCAGUCAUCAUCAUAAUAAUAAUCAUCAUCACAUAAUAACAUCAACUACUAGUCCCUCAAWCAUCAGCAGUAAUCAUAAUACCGGUGCACCAAAUAGUAAAUCACUGUUACAGACGGCACCCACCCGUCAGCCAUUCAAUCAUCAGCACAGUGUCUACAAAACCAAUCAAUCGCUAGCAAUGGGCAGCUUCGGUGGUGCCGGUGGUGCUGGUAAUGGUGGCUCCGGUACUACCAUCAGCACCRUUAGCACUAGUACUACGUCCACUACCUCGCCAAUCAUUGUUGAAAAUCAAUGGCACCAGUAUAUCGUCUAUAUAGUAGCCGUAUCMUCCCUGGCCUUCAUAACGGUUACAUUAGUGAUGUUAAGAUUUAUUUGGAAUAGAAAAAUGCGGGACAGCCUACAAAAAUCCAUGUCCGGCGCACCCGAUUGGCUGCCCAAAUGUAUAAGGGGUGGACCAAAACAGCCGCCACCCGACGGCACCAAUGGCGGUGGCAAUGGUAUUGGUCUGCAUACUGGCCAUCAAGCAGGUGGCGGCGGUGGUGGCGGUCAUAUGUUUACAAUAGGUGCUAACGGGGGCGUAAUCGGUGCACCGCCAUCGCCGAUGAUCAGGGCCAGUGGUCAUCAUCAUCAUCACAAAAGUCACUAUCAGCUACACCCGCACCUGGAUGUCGGCACCGGUGGUGUUGGUGGCGGUGGACAGGGACUGAAUGCCAUACACAGCGGAUCCUUACAGCAGCUCAGUUUGCCAUAUCAUUACUGGACUACGAAGUCAUCCGUACCAAUGCCGCCGCAAUACGAGGACAGUCAGACUAUCCUCACAACCACCACAACCAACAACAACAGGUCCGGUAUACGACAGCUUAUGGAGGCCACCAACAACAACAGCACCAACACCAGCAGCACAACCAACAACACCAACAGCAUAUCAUUGCUAAUGUCAAAGACCAGCCGCAACAACAACAGCCACAACAACAACACUUCCGGAUUCAUCAAACAAGGUCUCCCAUCUAUAAUGCCGGACAUCCAACUCAUAGAUAGCCAAUCAUAUCAAUCUACUACUAAUAAUAAUAAUACUAAAUACUCGCCGUUUAUCGCAUCCAAAUCACUUAACCGCCGAAGUCUACUACAACAACAACAACUACACAAUCAGUCGUCACCAGUGGACAGCCGUCAGCAGCCUAUAUAUGACGGCACCGUCAAUGGUGGUCAUCUUCAGCAUCGCCAACAACAAAACAAUAUAGUGUACGGCUCGUCAUCCAACACCUCCCGGCGCUCGGGCGGCAGCGGCAGUGGCGCACAGAUACUCUAUCCGGGCAAACAUGGCUACCAAAUAGCGCCGUCCGAUUUGGGCGAUGAACUGUUGCCAAUAGUGCCGCCAAUGAGACCGCCACUGCCCGACCAUAUCUACGAAUGCAUAGACGACCAGUGCUACUGUUUUGGUCCAGUUAUCGGUAGCAGUCCCGCCGCAGCAGUAGUCCCAUCGACAACAAUGGCCGCCAAACAACGGGCCGACUAUCGGACCAAAAAGUUUUACCGUGAAUUCGAGUCGCCCGUCCAUCGUAUGGCCACUGGUAGUGGUGGCGGUGGCAGUCGGGCGCCGACAUUGCGCAACGCCUCAAAAGCACCGGCAUUUCGUGACCUACAGUACAGCGUCGGCGGCGGUGGCGGUAGUGAUCGUAACCUAUUGCGGACAAUAGCGGCCACAGUGUUGAACAACAACAACAACAAUACGGCCAAACCGUUUGCCGCCAACAAUACGACGUUUACCGACUUUUUAUUGGAUACCACUGGCACCGGUAGCUGUCCAUCGUCUACCAGUGCCGCAGCGCCGCCGACCAUCACUGACCGCCAGUUUAUCAGUAGCCCGACCAACAACAACAACAACGAUACAGCACUACUAGGUCUGAGCAAUACAUCCAGUUCCCUGUCCAGCAUAGAGGACGGCAGUAGUUGUUGCCACAGCACCAGUAGUAACGAUACCAACCCGACGGAUGAACCCCUGAGUACUACUACUACUGGUACUACUGGUGGUGGUCCUCAACACCACAAACAGUGGACACUUAAUGGCCGCCAGUGAUAGUGUGUAUGUGUGUGGCCAUCAAUCGGGUGGUGCGGGGGUGGGGGUGGCGGCGGUCACUCCCAAACUAUUAAACUUAAAAAAACUAAUUAAAAAUAAAAACAUUUC